UUUUCUCUUUCCUAUGAUUUGGCAUACAGCGCGUAGUGCACGAUGUUUGCGAUCAGUUCUAUUCGAUUACCUUAACUGUCAACAUCAGAAUUUAUUAAAGCGAACGUAUUCUCUAAAUAAUUUACGUCAGAGUUUCGAUAAGCAAUUGAUUUCGCGAUCAAUUCCAGCCGGCAACAUGUUGAACAUAACCACUAAACCAGAUAAUAUACAGAUACGUUUAAUAAAACCGGAAGAGAGUGAACGUGUGUUGGAGUUUCUACGCAUUCACUAUUAUCCCGAAGAACCUUUAAAUGCGGGCAUUGAACCCAAACGACAGGAAGACGCCGAUGAGGAAUAUACCAUGUCCAUGGUUAAGCAUGGCAUGUCCUUAAUGGCUAUAGAGCCAAUUUCACAGAACUUAAAAGAUCGUAUAGUAGGCGCUUUAAUAGUCGGUCCAAAGGAUGCCAACGAAGCUGACAACCUAUUUAAGGCUGCUAACAGAGCGACUACUAGGAAAUGGUUACAUAUGACACAGUUGCUAGGCUGCGUGGAGCGCGAUGCUAACGUGUGCGAGCGUUAUAAAGUUCAGAGGGUACUGCACAACCAUGCCCUGGGUGUGGAUAAUAAAAUGCGCGGCAAAAACAUUGGAUCUCGUUUGAUAACUGAAAUGAUAAAAGUAGCUAAAGAUGCAAAAUUCGAGGCAAUAACGGCUGAUUGCACCAGUUUUUAUUCGGCCAAGUUAUACGAGCGUUUAGGUUUCGAAUGUAUUAAUACCAUCUACUACAGUGACUAUAAGGAUACGAAUAAACUACAGGUCUUUCGACCCGAACCGCCGCACACAUGCAUAAAAACUUACGGCUACAGAUUGUAAAAAUUUUCAAGUAACACACUAAUCACUAGGAAAUACAAAUUAAUAGAAAAAAGUAAAAAGCAUUCGUAUGUGUUUGUGUAAAGAUAACACAGUUAAAACUGUAAUCAUUGCAUUUAAGGAUACGGAUAAAUUGUCUAUGAACUAUAAAAUAUAUCUAUCGAUCGUUUCCAUUAUUUGUCAAAAUCCGAUACGAAGAAGCGCUUCUAUUCUUCUAUGCUGAUGAGAGACACCUCGACUACUACUACUACUACUAAGAUGGAAAAUAGUGCGUUCCUCAUAAUUAACCUAUGCGGUUGGUAUCCCAAAUUAAUUUCAACAGGACUAUAUACCUCUCUUGUCACAGCUUGUAAGAUUUAAUUGAUCUGAGUAGCCUCGUUUAAUUCCGUUUAACAGGAUGACUUGGUUCCCAGUAAAGGAUUCAUUAUCAAACUUAUUACACAUUGGUAGCCUCUCCUUUAAUUUUGGUCGGAAUGGCUUAGGGUACUCCAAUUUUUUCAUAUUUCCGUUCGCACUGCGGCGAACUGGUCGCGCUUUGACAAAAACAAAUUAUAAUUAGAAGACACUAUGGAGGAGAAAUACGACGAACCAACACUUAAAACGUUCUCUCGCCGUUUAAUAAAUGCAUUAUGUAUCUAUCGCACAUUUUUGCCUUCGUGUCUUCUUUCAGUAAGUUACAGGAAAAUAUGUUCUACAACAGAGUAAGCUAAUCUUGUAAAGUGCAGAAGAAAGGCUUGGAGUCGAGAAUACUCAAUGGUAAUAUAUGGCGAAGUUUUUGGUUGAUGAAAAAGUGCGCACUAGGAAAACCUUUACGCGACACCUACUGAUUUCAAAUCGCAUGCGAUUUGGUCCUCCGCUUUAUCAUGGAGCUUAGAUGUCGUUGCAUUGCGUUCAGCUUUUCCUGCUGUCGUAGGCACGCUUGGGCUUCAACCUGAAAAUGAUCACUUUCAAUUUGCUAAUAUAUAAAUUUCGCCUUCACUCGCGCUCCUUUCUUUAUGACAACAUACGAGUUCCAAGUUGAUACUGCAACUAGCAAUUGACAACCGAUGAGCAAUUUGACAAUCGACUCACUUUUUGCAUACGACAUAAGAGAAGAACAGCUUUGUUCAGAUUAGAUCUAUUUAUCAAACCGGUUGGCAAGCGGAAGGCCCAACGGCGGAUGAGUAUUCGGCUCAAAAGGUGCUGCACUCAGCAAAGCUAAUCGAUUACAUCGGGACAUCAGUCUCGAAUCAUUUAUGUUUGGGUUCACCGUUGAUGCUUAUGUACAACCGGGCAGACUUCUUAUGGUUGCCCCUUUCCACCAAGGGCACAUUAUCGGUUAGCCUUAGAUGUUGAAUCAAUUGCCAGAGCUCCUUCACAUAGAUGAUAUAUCCAUCCCCAUGCUUUGUAUUGUGGGAACAGUCAACUAUCGCAAAAUUAUGAUAAAAUCUUAAAAGUGACAUAACCUAUAUUCUUAGAAUUCGAACUAAAAAAAAAAGAUAAUCACAAGCAAAAUGCAAAACUCAGAUAACACACCAAUAACAGAUGUUAUUCUAAAACUUGAUCCUAAUAUUUCACAGGGUUAUAUAAAAAUGCUCUUAAUUGGCCAACUUGACACGCCCACAAUUGUUUUUCU